AUGGAUUAUGGAGCAGCAAGGAACUCACCAUUUAGAAACCUGCUGAAAAUAUUUUGCCUUCUCCCAACAGUGGCUUACGCUCAGCUACUCCACCCGGGCGAUGCGAAGUAUGAGGAGCAGGCAGUGCGGGGGGUGCGGCACCGCUCCGUGCAGCUGGCGUGCGGUGACGUGGUCUCGCCCAUGGUGGUUUUCUGGAGCUUCACCAAGCUGGGCUCACUGGUGCCAAGGGCCGUUGCCAUCAGCAAUGGGAUAGAGUCCAAGGUGGAGAAGGCUUCUGCGGCCCUGGGGCAGGUGAGCCUGAGGAACGGCACCCUGGAGGUAAGCGACCUGCAGACGGCUGCCCAAGGACACUUCAUGUGCCAGGCGAUGUACGAGGAGGAUGGAGAGAUCAAAGUGGCCUACUUCUACAUAGAGCUGGUUGUGCUGGUUCCCGUUCCGAAGCCCUUCCUGCAGAUGACCGACCCCACGCCGGUGGAAGGCACGGUGGUGACGAUGACGUGUGCGGUGAAGGAGGGGACGCCUCCCGUCGGGUACUCCUGGCACCGCCACACCAACCGGGAGGGUGCGGUGGCUGUUGCGGAAGCGGCCAGCGGGCUGCUGAACCUGACGGCGGCUAACCGGACUCACACGGGCUGGUACACCUGCACCGCCCACAACGAGGUCAACAGCCAGACCAGCGACAGGAUGUAUCUUGACGUGAUUUAUGGCCCUGAUGAACCCGUGAUCAACGUUGAGCCAUUUGCUAUUAACCAGAACGGCUUCUCAGCUAAUGAGCAGGAGGAGGUGAUCCUGACCUGCCUGGCCCCUUCCAACCCGCCCAGCCAUUACAUCUGGUUUUACAACAGCUCCCAGAUUUACUCCGGCCAGAAGUACGUGAUAGCCAAGAUCUCCCGGACUCAGACAGGCACCUACACCUGCCUGGCCCAAAACACAUACCUCAAUACGCGCACUCAGACCACCAUCAUCCUCACCGUCUACUAUCUGCCCAAGGGGAAGCCCAGCUGCACACCAGUCCCUGCUGCCAAUUUCCAGGACAUUGCUCUGCAGUGUUCGUGGCCUGGUGGGUUCCCCGCAGCGCGGCUGCGGUGGGUGAGAUCCGGCCGGGAAGCAGACACUGUGGCAUCCUACUCCAAUGCUACCAGAAUCCAGCGAGGGGUGGACAUCCGGAACGGCAGCUCGUACACCUGCCUGGCCUCCCACCCAGCGCUCAGAGGGGAUGCUGUCUGCACCACCACUGUAUGUAAGUACCCUCGCCCUGCCCCCUCAGUGCCGCCCAGGAAUGGAAACACCACUGCCCCUUCCAUAAGGCAGCCGGGUCCUGUGCUCUACCCCCUGAGAGCCCACGCCAGCUUGUGGAGAUGGAGUCUCCAGCUGGCAGGAAGAAACAAGGCUGACGCUGUGGAAAGCAGCUCUCCAAACAAGGCGCAGUUCCUCCCUGCUUACUGGAAGGCCUCAAGUAGACAUUCAGGGCCCUGGGUAGAUGGCACCAUUCGUCUGGCAACAGGGAGCUACGUGGGGGUCCCUGUGGGGAACCCCACCUGUUCUGCCAUGGCUACGAAGCAGAACGAGUUCCUCAUGCUGUCCUGCGAUUGGGCAGGAGGCCUGCCCCGGGUCACACUCUGGUGGCGAGACUGGCGGAACCGCGUGCUGGGCGGCUUGAAACCAUCCAGCAACAUCUACGUCAUGCAAGCCAACAGCACCCUCGGGGGCAAGGAGUUCGCGUGCAUCGCAGCCCACCCUCUGCAGGCCAGAGCCACAGAGUGCCUUGUCCGGCUGGACGUUCCCAAGGUGGCGGCCGAGCGCACGGAGGUGUCGCUGUUCGAGGGCGGCGAGGUCCAGCUGGCCUGCGCGCUACAGGGCCCCCACCUGGGCUCCGAAGUGUUCUGGUUCAACAACAAGCACCAGGUGAUCCGGCCGGACGCUGCGAGGUACAGGCUGCAGCAGGGCGACGCCUGGUUCAACCUGACCAUCCGGGACACCGAGUGGAUGAGGGACAGUGGCACCUACCACUGUGCGGCCGUGAACGCCGUGGGCAACGCCACCGUCCCCAUCAGGCUCCGUGUGAAGAAGUACCCGACGCCCCCCAACGUGACGAUCAGCAAGCUGAUGUACACCCGGCAGCGCACCGAGGUGCAGCUGGAGUGGGUGACGCAGGGCUCGGGGAACCUGACCGGCUUCGUCGUCCAACGGCAAGAAGCAAAGAAAUCCUCGCUGGGCCCGUCCCGGUCGGCAGCCCGAGCCUGGGAGACGGUGGCCAGUGACAUAGAACCUGACAUCCGGGACCACAGGGUGGGCGGCCUGGACCCGGCAGUAGUGUACGCCUUCCGCAUCCUGGCUGUCAACCACCGCACCACUGGGCACCCGUCCGAGGGGAAGACCCCAGCCGAGCCCCCUUUCAACGCCUACCCUGCUGUGGUGGGCGCUGCAGGAGCAGGGAUGGUCGUGGCGGCGGUUGCAUCUCUGCUGGCAUUUCAGUACAUCGUCCGGAACCGGGACAACAACCCACGGCUGCACGACCUGCUCUUCGGAAUGGCUGGCCCAGAGGCUCACGAGCACAUCAGCACUCCGGAAGACGCUGAGACGGUCGCAGGUGUGGCAGAGGCUGAGACGGGCGGGGAGCUUGGGGGCGUAUCUCCCACAUUCCCCCCGGCUGGGGAGGCAUCAGCAGAGUGUCACCCAGAGCCCCCUGCAUCCACCCAGGAGGCUCCCCCAGCUCCAGAUCUAGCCGCUGACGACCCUCCGGUCAAUGUCACAAUCACAGUGACUGCGACAUCGUGAAUCCCAGCCGGCCCCCGUCAGACCCAGUCAGCACCCCUGACCUGCAGUCGGGGAAGAGGGAAGGGGAUCUGGCAUUUACAGGGCCCCCGUGCAGGGAUUGGCAUUGCCAGACUGUUAGGGUGCGGCUGAGAACAAAAUGGCCCCUGGGUACGAUGCGCCAGAGGGCAGGAGCCAAUGUACCAACGCACGGCCUGGAAGGAGGGUUCGCUGUGGGGCUUGGAACAAAUGGGAUUUUGGCCCUUUCUCCCCCUCCCCUGCCCCAUAGCGAUUAGCAGGAUGGUGCUUUCCUGUGCGGCUUAACUCACUCCUCUGUGCCCAGCUCCUCUCUGGGGGGCGCCAGUGCCGGUAACAGUUGACGGCCCUGCUGCUGCUACGGGUGCGUGCACGCAGCCCUGGCGACACAAGGGAGCUGGUUCGGCUGGGGUGCAGGAGUGAACAGGAGCAGCACCAUUGGCUGGAGAUGGCCAUACGCCGGCCUCCCGGCCUUGUUCGGAGCCAGGGUAUGGAGCACAGCAGCAGGUGCAUCCUAACCCCAUCUCAUGGCUCUGCUGCCUGGUGAGGGGCUGCGGGGGCCCUGGCUGGAUCUGGGUUAGAGGGCUCCACGGGAGCCAGGAUAGCAGAGGAAAAGCCUUUGUGUGAGCCAGGCAGGGUUUGGAGCCCCCUCCGCGCCUUUUGGCCCUGACAGCUCUUGGCAGGCCUGGUGGAAGCCAAGGGGCAUAGGGUCCUGGCAGAGCCCUGCCCUGUGCUCCUGGACUGGGACCCAGACCCUCUGGGGAACUGCCCAGCAGCCGUUGCAGCUAGCGAGGCAGGCUGCGGCCGAGCUCUGGGAGGACCAAACCCUCUGCAUGUGUCACGUAGAGCAAGGCUAUUAUUGACGGGACGCUCACGCUGCAAACAAGGGGCUGUGGGGUCCCUGCCGCAAGACUCAGUCCCCUGUGAGCAACUUCUCCAUAGCUCGGCCCACAGCUUGGACUGGAUGGGCAGCAGGGAGGGUGCUGAGCCGCUUCCCAAAUCUGCCCACUUACUUAGGUGUCUAAGCUGAGCUCUGGUGCAAAUCUGGAGUCUGGGCUAUACCCCGGCCGGAAGUCUUGCUGCCUUAAAGGCACAGUACUAAAUUCUCUUGCCAAGGCCUUACAUCGCCAACCCCCCAUGUUCAUCUGUACAGUCACUGAACCGGCCAGUUCCCCCUUUGACGUGGGCAGCAGGGUUAUGAGGGGCUCCCCGUGUCCAAGGGACUCGGUCCAGGGCACUUGUUUUAUUGCCUUGCCUGCAGUGGGGCAGGAGAUCAUGCAUGGGGGGUGAGGGCUGUAGGCAGGGGGAGAUGUCUGGGCUGCCCAAACCAUCCUCUGUCUUCGGGGAGCGGGCUCAGACUAUUGCCGCUGGCUAACCAGGGGCAUAGAGAACGCAGCUGGAGCCAUUUCAGUGCAGCGGCUGAGCGCCAGCCCCGGCCCCCCCCUUGGCAUUCCCCUUGUGCCCUUGUUGAACUUGUCAUUGUUGAACCUCAUCAACCUGUUAGCCUGAAAUCCCCCACUCUGUUAACAGGUGCUGACCCUGCCGGCAAAGGGAUAAGUGAGUUCUGCUGCCUCACCCCCGUCAGUGACUAGUUACCUACCCUGGCUAUCAGGGAGGUGGGAGUGGCUUGCUGGGGGGGAGAGGAUCUGGGGUGUGGGCUGAGCAGGCCAGUGGGAGGAGCCCGAUCAGCAGCCCAGCCUAGGGAGAAGGGUUGAGCUGAGCUUUGGGAUUGUAUAGUUAAUUUGUUUGUGUUAAUAAAGCCAAACCCCCGGAGGGGUGAGUCU